UCGGUGGUGUUUCGAUCGCCAUCAGGCUCGGCCGUGGCGAAGCUGGCCUCGACAACCUCUCCCCUUCAGCUGGUGAUCGUCGGGUAGUGCCCCCCAACCCCCCCGAGCAUGACUGCCAACGGGCACCAGUUGCCGCGGCGACUCGCCCGGAAGACCCGCGCUUCGAUAGGGCCAGCCGGGGCUCGGAGCUGAUGCUUUUCACGUACGCGACAGCGAGAGAGAGAGAGAGAGGAACGGGCGGAAGAAGCUAAAGGGUCAGUUUUGAGGAGGCGAACGCGAUGCCGGGGACGAUAGUUGGUUUGUUGCUGUGGCUCGGGGGCCUCGCCCUUGGCGGGAAGUCGGUGUCGAGCAGGGACGACUACGUCCUGCACAUUGGCGGGAUCUUCCCGAUUGCGGGCGAGGGUGGCUGGCAGGGCGGCCAGGCGUGCAUGCCAGCUGCAAAUCUUGCCCUCGAGGAUGUGAACAAGGAGAAAAAUUUGCUGCCGGGCUUCACCCUAAAACUCCACUCCAACGAUAGCGAGUGCGAGCCGGGCCUCGGGGCGUCGGUGAUGUACAAUUUGCUGUACAACCCGCCGCAAAAGUUGAUGCUGCUGGCCGGGUGCAGCACCGUGUGCACGACAGUCGCCGAGGCCGCGAAAAUGUGGAACCUCGUCGUGCUCUGCUACGGUGCGUCCUCGCCGGCACUGUCGGACAGAAAUCGUUUCCCGACCCUCUUCAGGACCCACCCCUCAGCGACCGUGCACAACCCAACGAGGAUCAAGCUGCUGCAAAAGUUCGGCUGGUCGCGCAUAGCCAUCCUGCAACAGGCCGAGGAGGUGUUUAUAUCGACCGUGGAGGAUCUGGAGGCUCGGUGCAAGGAGGCCGGCAUCGAGAUAAUGACGCGCCAGAGCUUCCUCUCCGAUCCGGCGGACGCGGUGAAGAACCUGCGGAGGCAGGACGCCCGGAUAAUCGUCGGGCUGUUCUACGUAGUGGCCGCUCGGCGCGUUUUGUGCGAAAUUUACCAAAACUCGCUUUACGGCAAGACCUACGUCUGGUUCUUCAUCGGCUGGUACGAGGACAAUUGGUUCGAGAUGAAUCUCGACAAGGAGGGCAUCAGCUGCACGAAGGAGCAGAUGCGCCAAGCGGCCGAGGGCCACCUCACCACGGAAGCCGUCAUGUGGAACCAGAACAACGACACGACCAUCAGCGGCAUGACAGCCGAGGACUUUCGCCAACGGCUCAACACCGUCCUCAGGAAGGAGGGCUACGACAUCGACAACAGGUACCCCGAGGGCUACCAGGAGGCCCCGCUCGCCUACGACGCCGUGUGGUCCGUCGCUCUAGCUUUCAACAAAACCAUGGAGCGACUCAGCAAGCAGGGCAAGAGCUUGAAAAACUUUACGUACAACGACAAGGAGACGGCGGACGAGAUAUACUCGGCCAUCAACUCGACCCAAUUUAUCGGCAUCUCGGGCUACGUGGCCUUCAGCUCGCAAGGUGAUCGGAUCGCCUUGACCCAGAUCGAGCAGGUGAUCGAGGGUAAGUACGUGAAGCUCGGCUACUACGACACGCAGAUGGACAAUCUGACCUGGCGCAACCUCGAGCGUUGGAUCGGUGGCAAGGUGCCCCAGGACAGGACAAUCGUCAAAAAGGUCCUACGCACCGUGGCCCUGCCGCUGUUUGUCGGCAUGGGGGCCGUCUCGGUGAUCGGCAUCAUCGUCGCUUGCGGCCUCAUCGUCUUCAACGUCUGCAACAGGCAUCGCAGGGUGAUCGUUUCGUCACACCCGGUGUGCAACACGAUUAUGCUGGUUGGGGUGAUCGCUUGCUUCGUGUCGGUGUUUCUACUGGGCGUCGACGGGCGCUUCAUGAGUCCCGCCGAGUACCCGCGCAUGUGCCAAGCCAGGGCGUGGAUCCUGUCACUGGGCUUCACUCUGGCUUUUGGCGCGAUGUUCAGCAAAGUCUGGCGGGUCCACCGACUCCACACCAAGACGAAAGCCGAUCACGCCAAGCUGUUCAUGUCGAAGCAAAAGGGAUCCUCGAUCCAAAACAAGGUCCAGCCCUGGAAGUUGUACUCUAUGGUGGCGAUCUUGCUGGUGAUCGACGUUAUUCUACUGGCGGUAUGGCAAUUCGUGGAUCCCCUGGAGCGGACGAUCGAGGUGUUCCCCCUGGAACCGUCCACCCAGGGUGACGACGACGCGAGAAUACGUCCCGAGCUCGAGCACUGCGAGAGCGAGCACAACAACAUCUGGUUGGGGCUGAUGUACGGCUACAAGGGGGUCGUCCUGAUGUUCGGGCUCUUUUUGUCCUACGAGACGCGGAGCAUCAAAGUCAAGCAGAUCAACGACUCGCGCUACGUCGGCAUGUCGAUCUACAACGUCGUCGUCCUCUGCCUGAUCACCGCCCCCGUGACCAUGGUCAUAGCCAGCCAGCAGGACGCGAGCUUCGUCUUUGUCUCCCUGGCCAUAGUGUUUUGCUGCUUCCUCAGCAUGGCCCUCAUUUUCGUGCCCAAGGUUAUCGAGGUCAUACGGCAUCCCAAAGACAAGGCCGAGUCCAAGUACAACCCCGACAUGGGCGUGUCCAAGGAGGACGAGGAGCGCUACCAGAAACUCGUCCAGGAGAACGACGAGCUCCAGAGGCUCAUACAGGAGAAGGAGGACAAGAUAAAACAGGUAAAGGCCAAGCUGGCGGAGCGCGACAAGCUGAGGGGCGGCAGCGGGGGUAGCAGCGGCGGCGGCAGCCUGCCCAAGGACUCGCUGAUCGUAGCUGACUUUGUCACCGGCGAGGGCACCUCGGACAGCGCUAUCGAGGCAGAGCGCCAGCCGGGCGGAUGACAGUGGAACAGCUGAAAGCGCGUCCAGUACGCGCUUUGAAGCGAUCGUCGCAGCGAAACGCGUUAAAUCCACGUGUACGCAUAAUUAUAAUGUUACGAGUCAAUUUUCUUCGCGCAUCGGAUCUACGGAAGAAGAUGACGAGAUGGAAUAAUAAAAAAAUAAAAAACAUGCACAAUUUGGAAUGUAGCAAUUACUUGUAAUAGUUACUGUAGCGUGUGACUUUUGUUCGGUGCACCGUUGGAUGUGGAAAUUGUUUUUCAAGCGAGCGAGAGGAAUUGCGUCGAUGGUCGACUGAUUUGUGUUCUUCAAUGGAAGUUGACGAUGGUGGCGAUGAAGCGAAAGCAUAAAAAAAAGGUGGAAAAUACAAACUAUAGUUGUGCACCCGAGAGAUUCAAACAAUUUAAUACUUGGGGGUCGUUUCCACAGUGUUCUGGUGUUGUUGUAUACUGAGAUUAAUUAAACAUUACUGUUGUUAUUAUUCGUACUUUGGGUGUACCAAGUGGAUAUGAUUUUUAAUUUUUACGGCAAAAAUCAGCCCUCACUUGUCGCUUAUCGUUCAGCAAGCCAACGUCAAUAGUCGACGUCUGUUUUUCUAUCGUACAUCAUAUUGUUUUUUAAAUAUCAUUUUUGUAUUGAAUUUCAAGUUAUUAUAUAUAAAUACGAUACACUUUUAUUGUAAAAGAAAAAUAGAUACCGAUGAGGAUUACAUGCAAUGCAACAGCAAAUAAGUCAUUAGCUAUGUAGAAUUUCGUGUAGCCUGUAUAUGAAAAUGUGUAAAAGUCGAAGGACUGAAUUGAAUAUUCACGUAGAAAACAACACUUGAUUCAGUGUAUUAUGUUAUAAAUACUUUUUCGAGUGUUGUACGUGUGUUGUACUAAAAAGAAAAUUUAUAUAUAUAUAUUUACUGUAAAUGUGAAUGGUUAGACAAAAAAAUUAACCAAUUAGUUUGAAGGAUAUUUCAGUAGAGGAUUAAAAUCUUUGGUAAUUAAAUAAUAAAUAUAGUGUGUUGAGGCCAUCAUCCGCGUAUCUACCAGACUAAAGAUUAAUUACCUAUAAAAUAAUGCAUUACAAUUUAUAUACAUACUAGAAUAAUCGGUAGCAAAAAUGUGUUCUCUUUUUGUUUAAGUUUAUGAAAAAUAAUAUCAUAUAUUCUAUUUAUAAUUUUAAAAAUUUGUUAUAGCUGUAUGUAUGCAGGUUGAAUAAUUAAAAUACCUUCGCCAAAAGACUCUGCGUAAGCCCACAUAUUACCAGAUGAGUAUAUGUACCGGCAAAAAAUAAGGGUGUUUAUAAGAAAUACAUGUUGUAAUACGCACACA